AUGGCAAGAGUUUCCCUGAUUCUCGUGAUUUCCCUUUUCUUUGGAGUUGUCUUCUCAAUUGACUUUGGAUCCUCGUCCAGUGAAUCUUGUGAAGAUGACAGUCAUGGACAUGGUGGCGGUGGCGGCGGGCAUGGAGGCGGACAUGGAGGAGGCAAUGGUGGAGGGGGCGGAGCUAACGGUGGCUGCCCAACCGGUUGGCGUCGUUUCAACCGUCCCAACGGUGGUUGGUGUCUCAAAUCAUUCGGCGGAGUUUUGAAUCAAGCAGCCGCCGAGGCACAAUGCAAAUCUUAUGGUGGAACACUUUCUGGACUUCAAAAUUUGGAAGAGGCCAGAUAUGCGACACGCACCGCUCUCCCACUCCUUGGCCGUGCCAGUGGUUCCCUGUGGGUCGGUGCAAAACGUACCCGAGCCUGUACGGGACAAGUCAUCACCGCCUCUUGCACCGGCCUCAACUCAUUCGGAUGGACAGAUGGCUCCGCGACGGGCACCGCCGGAUUCGUGUGGAGUACCAAGCAACCGGACAAUGCACACGAUAAGAAACAGGAUUGUGCCAUACUUUUGGCGACGAGACAGUCCUCUUUGACAGUGAAGAAUGUGGUAUGGGCGGCGAAUACAUUGGAUGACGUGGCGUGUGUCACCAGUGCGGCUGACACGAAUCCACGGGCGGUCGCCGGAUAUUUGUGUGGAAAGGCGGCCAGUAGAUAA